UGCAUGUGAGCCGUUGGAUUGUCUUGGACGGUGGAUAUUACUUGACUGCACGCUGGUGCCUUCACGGUGUGAAGGCAGAGGAUCCUAAUCCCCACCAACAGAAUUAUGCUGACAUCCACGCACCCGUCGGCUACUAUGUGUUUGGAUUCGGAUAUCGCGACAUGGAUGGUACCAAGGUGCACAAGGCAUGGAGGUCCAAUUAUGCUGACCAAGGCUAUGGCGAGGGCGAUGUCCUCGGGUUCUACAUUCAUCUUCCUGAUGGAGAGCUGUAUGAGCCCAAGCAGCCUUUCCUGGUUCACUACAAGGGGCUUCCUUUCCGCGCUGAAGCUCCCAAGGCGGCUGAGCAGAAGACGCCGGAUCCAGUUCCUGGUAGUGAGAUAUGCUACUUCAAGAAUGGGGUAUGCCAGGGCACUGCUUAUAGAAUGCAGCUAGCGAGGCGACGGUGGUCGUGACUCCGGCGGUGAAGGGCAGUGGCCGGCCCAGAGCUCGGCGGGCCGAGGCAGGAGAGGCAGCGCACGGGCUCGGGGCGGAGCGAGCUCAAGACGUGGUUCUCCAGACUACUUCACGCCGGGGCAGCGGGGUCGGCGGCGGCAUUAGCAGCGGCGGGGAACGGGUUGUCAUCGAGGAGGCUAAGGAGCUCGUCGGCCGUGGAGAU